AUGGCGACAAGUGACACGUCACGUGACCCAUCAUUCCGUAAAAGGAAACGUGGGGAAUACCGUAAUUAUGAUGCAGAAGUACGGGCGAAAAUUGCUGUGUAUGCGAUUGAACAUGGUGUAAUGAAGGCAGCCCGUAAGUACUCUUGUGAACUGAAGAAGAAAGUCAAUGAAUCUACUGUCCGUAGUAUGAAAGCAAGUUACUUGAAACAGCAAAGUACAAGUAAAACGGCAGAAUCUCCACACCGAUUGGUUAAGGCUGUCCGAGGUCAGAGGCCAAAGCUGGGUCAAUACGAAGACGAGAUUAAGAACUGGGUGGAAAAAACAAGAUUGUCUGGUGGUGCUGUCAACACAAGAACAUUGCUUGCAGCAACUGAUGGAAUCAUGCGAAAACGUCACAAAUCUGUGUUGAAAGAAUUUGGUGGACAUGUUGAGUUGACUGAUUCCUGGGCUAGAUCGCUUCUAAGACGCAUGGACUUUGUUAAACGCAAGGGAACUAAAGGUGCAAACACUGACUGUGAGAGUGCAUUACUGGAAAUAGAUGACCUGACACAAGAACCUGUCACUGAUAUAGGUGCAAACACUUACUGUGAGAGAGCAUUACCGGAAAUAGAUGACCUGAAACAAGAACCUGUCACUGAUAUAGGUGCAAACACUUACUGUGCAAACACUGACUGUGAGAGUGCAUUACCGGACAUAGAUGACCUGAAACAAGAACCUGUUACUGAUAUAGGUGCAAACACUGACUGUGAGAGUGCAUUACCGGACAUAGAUGACCUGAAACAAGAACCUGUUACUGAUAUAGGUGCAAACACUGACUGUGAGAGUGCAUUACCGGAAAUAGAUGACCUGAAACAAGAACCUGUCACUGAUUUAGGUGGAAACACUGACUGUGAGAGAGCAUUACCGGACAUAGAUGACAUGAAACAAGAACCUGUUACUGACACAGGUGCAAACACUGACUGUGAGAGAGAAAUGCUGGAUAUUAGUGACCUGAAACAAGAACCUGUUACUGACACAGGUGCAAACACUGACUCUGAGAGAGCAUUACUGGACAUAGGGGACCUGAAACAAGAACCUGUUACUGAUAUAGGUGCAAACACUGACUGUGAGAGAGCAUUACUGGACAUAGGGGACCUGAAACAAGAACCUGUUACUGAUAUAGGUGCAAACACUGACUGUGAGAGAGCAUUACUGGACAUAGGAGACCUGAAACAAGAACCUGUUACUGAUAUAGGUGUAGAUGACCUGAAACAAGAACCUGUUACUCAUAUAGGUGCAAACACUGACUCUGAGAGAGCAUUACUGGACAUAGGGGACCUGAAACAAGAACCUGUUACUGAUAUUGGUGCAAACACUGACUGUGAGAGAGAAUUGCUGGAAACACAUGAUCACAAACAAGAACCCCUUACUGACACAGGUGCAAACACUGACUAUGAGAGAGCAUUACUGGAAACAACUGGUCUUGGAAAAGAGCCUGUUGUUGAAACAGGUAGAAACACUGACUGUGAGAAAGGUAUGACGGAAACAGGUGAUCUCAAGAAACACAAAGGUUGUGAGGUUCCAGCAAAGCAGUCUUUUACUUAUAAUGAAUGUGGGGAAAAGCUUACUUUCGCAGAUCCCCUGAAAACUCAGUUCAGGAUUCACAGCGGAGUGAAGCCUUACAAGUGUACUGAAUGUGGGAAAGAAUUUAAACAGUCUGGUCACCUGAAGACACACAUGACCAGUCACAGUACAAUCAAGCCUUAUGAGUGUACUGUGUGUGAUAAAAGAUAUGAACUUCCAGGUGAUCUGCUGACACACAUGAAGGUUCACACUGAAAGUGCCCUCAAAACUCAGUUGACUAUUCAUAGUGGAAUCAAGCCUUAUCAAUGUUCUGAAUGUGGUAAACAAUUCACAAAAUCAAGUAACCUGACAACACACAUGUUGACACACAGUGGAAUCAAGCCUUAUCAGUGUAAUGAGUGUGGGAAAACGUUUACACAAUCAAGUGCCCUCAAACUUCAUUCGAGAAUUCACAGUGGAAUAAAGAAUUUCAAGUGUGGAGAAUGUGGGAAAGAAUUUACACAAUCAUGUUCCCUGAAGAAACAUGUAGCUACUCACAGUGGAGUCAAGCCUUAUCUGUGUAAUGAGUGUGGGAAAACGUUUACACAAGCAGCUUUCCUGCGAAAUCAUUUGAGGAUUCACAGCGGAGUGAAGCCUUUUAAGUGUGCUGAAUGUGGGAAAGAAUUUAAACAGUCUGGUCACCUGAAGACACACAUGAGCAGUCACAGUACAAUCAAGCCUUAUGAGUGCAGUGUGUGCGAUAAAAGAUAUAAACUUCCAGGUGAUCUCCGGACACACAUGAGGGUUCACAGUGGAAUCAAGCCUUAUCAGUGUGGUGAGUGUGAGAAAGCGUUUACAAAUUCAACUUGCCUGCGCAUUCAUUUAAGGAUUCACAGUGGAAUCAAGCCUUAUGAGUGCACUGAAUGUGGGCAAAAAUUCGCACAAUCAUGUAGACUGACAAGACACAUGUUGAGACACAGUGGAAUCAAGCCUUAUCAGUGUGAAGAGUGUGGGAAAACGUUUAAACAAUUGGUUGAACUGCGGACUCAUUUGAUCAGUCACAGCGAAAUCAAGCAUUUCAAGUGUGGUGAAUGUGGGAAAGAGUUUAAACAUUCGUCUUCCCUGAAGGUCCACAUUAGGAGUCACAGUGGAAUCAAGCCUUGCCUGUGUAAGGAGUGUGGGAAAAGAUUUACAUGUCUCUCUACCCUGAGGAAUCACUUAAGGAUUCACAGCGGAGUGAAACCCUUUCAGUGUACGGAAUGUGGGAAAGAAUUUAGACAAUCUGGUCACCUGAAUACACACAUGACCAGUCACAGUGCAGUCAAGCCACAGUGUAAUGAAUGUGGAAAAGAAUUUAAAAACUCAGGUUUACUGAAGAAUCACAUGAGAAGUCACAGUACAAAGCCUCAUGCGUGCAGUGUAUGUGAUAAAAGAUAUAAACUACAAAGUGAACUACGGGCACAUUUGAAGGUUCACAGUGGAAAGGGCUCAUUUGAAAAUGGUGGAAUCAAGCCAUAUCAGUGUACUGAGUGUGGUAAACAAUUCCUACGAUCAAAGAGCCUGAAGAAACAUAUGUGGACUCAUAGUGUAACCAAGCCUUAUCAGUGUGGCGAGUGUGAUAAAACAUUCCGCCAGUUAAAAGAACUGCGCACUCAUUUGAGUCAUCACAGUGGAAUCAAGAAUUUUAAGUGUGAAGAAUGUGAUAAAGAAUUUGCACAUGCAGGCAGCGUGAACAGACACUUGAAGAUUCACAGUGGCAUCAAGCCAUAUGAGUGUACUGAAUGUGGGAAAAGAUUCACGCAGUCAGGUAGCUUGAAGUACCAUAUGAGGGAUCAAAGAAGGAUCAAACCUUAUCAGUGUAAUCAGUGUGAGAAAACAUUUACACACACAUGUGCCAUGCAGAUCCAUCUGAGGAAUCACAGUGGAGUCUACCUUCUGAAUAUUGGCCACAGGUCUCCGCCUAAACAGGGUAGAGGACAACGGAUAAACAUGAGUAGCCACAGUGAUGUGAAUGCGAAACGAUAUGAGUGUGGUGAGUGUGGGAAAGUGUUUACAACAUCAAGGAACUUACAGAGACAUAUGGUGAGUCACAGUGGACUCAAGCCGUUUGAGUGCAGUGAGUGUGGGAAAACAUUUCCACUGAAAGCUACUCUGAAGACACACAUAAAGAUUCACAGUGGUAUCAAGCCAUUUAAGUGUUCUGAAUGUGGGAAGGAGUUUGGACGAGCAGACAGCCUGAAAUGUCACAUGACCAGUCACAGUGGACUCAAGCCUUAUAACUGUAGUGAAUGUGAGAAAACAUUCACACUGAGAGGUAAUUUGAAGACACAUAUGAGAAUUCACAGUGGUAUCAAGCCUUUUAAGUGUGCUGAAUGUGGGAAAGAGUUUGCACGAGCAGCUACCCUGCAGUCUCACAUGCUGAGUCACAGUGGAAUCAGGCCGUAUGAGUGUAGUGAAUGCGGAGAAACAUUUACACAAAGAAGUAAUCUGACUGUACACAUGGGGCUUCACAGUGGAAUCAAGCCUUUUAAAUGUGGUGAAUGUGGGAAAGAGUUUGCACUUUCGGGUAACCUGCAGAGACAUAUGGGAAGUCACAGUGGAAUCAAGCCUCAUAAGUGUAAGGAGUGUGGGAAAGGGUUCGCAACUUCAUGGACCAUGAAGAUGCACAAAAAGAGGUUUCAUAUGGAAUCGCAGAAUCAGAAGUAUGAUGAAACAUGAAAGACAGCAUCAUUGAGUCCAACCCUAGAAGUGUGGGGAAUAUUCACAGCGUCCAUUGUCUGAAGAUACACAUGCCUUGAAAGUGUACCGGUAUGUUAACAUUCUCUCCAUGAAGUUGUCUGAAGCCAUGCACAGGACACCAUUAGUGAGUUUCUCCUUGAAAGUGGAGGGAACGUUCACAGCAGUUCAAAUGUCAUCCUGCCCUCAAGUGUGGUGAGAGUUGUUGGAACAAUCAAAACAUCAAGUUGUCUGAAGACACCCAUAGGGCAUCAUGGAGCCCUACCCUGAAAGUGUGGUAAGAGUGGAUGGAACAUUCACAGCAUCAAGUUGUCUGAACACACAUAGAAGACAUCAUGCAGUCUUGCCCUGAAAGUCUGAUGAGAGUGGGUGGAACAUUCACAGCAUGAAGUUGUCUGAAGACACACAGAAGACAUCAUGUAGUCUUGCCCUGAAAGUGUGAUGAGAGUGGGUGGAACAUUCACAGCAUGAAGUUGUCUGAAGACACACAGAAGACAUCAUGUAGUCUUGCCCUGAAAGUGUGAUGAGAGUGGGUGGAACAUUCACAGCAUGAAGUUGUCUGAAGACACACAGAAGACAUCAUGUAGUCCUGCCCUGAAAGUGUGAUGAGAGUGGGAGGAACAUUCACAGCAUGAAGUUGUCUGAAGACACACAGAAAACAUCAUGUAGUCCUGUCCUGAAAGUGUGGUGAGAGUGGGUGGAACAUUCACAGCAUCAGGUUGUCUGAAGACGCAUAUAGGGCAUCAUGGAGUCCUUCCCUGAAAGUGUGGUGAGUGUGGGUGGAACAUUCACAGCAUGAAGUUGUCUGAAGACACACAGAAGACAUCAUGUAGUCCUGUCCUGAAAGUGUGAUGGAGUGGCUGGAACAUUCAGAGCAUCAAGUUGUCUGAAGACACAUAGAAGACAUCAUGGAGUCCUUCCCUGAAAGUGUGGUGAGAGUGGGUGGAACAUUCACAGCAUCAGGUUGUCUGAAGACGCAUAUAGGGCAUCAUGGAGUCCUGCCCUGAAAGUGUGGUGAGUGUGGGUGGAACAUUCACAGCAUCAUGAAAUCCUGCCCAGAAACUAUGGUGAGAGUAGGUGGAACAUUUACAGCAUCAAGUUGCUCGAAGACACACAGAAGGCAUCAUCUGUGUUAAACAAUAAAUAGCUUCAGGGGAUGCAUGUCACCUGUUAAAUAGGACACACACAAAGGAAAAAAUUAAAGAAAUCCUGUAUGUUGCCCCUGGGUAUUACUGUAGUUUCAGAAGUGCCUAUGAAGUACAGAUGUAUGAACUAUUUUGAAGUUCAUGUGUCCAAGCCCCAUGUUCUUUGAAAAAGGGAUCCCAUUAUGCAUAGAGUUUGCUUUUCAGCUCCCCAGACUUAAAGUCAGGUGAGCUUUUCUUGUGUUGUAUAUCGUCCUUCUUUCCAUCAAUUUUUGCAUCUUUUCAAAAUCCACAAGGACUAGGAAAUCUUGUAACUUUAGCUCAUGUUUAGCUCAUCUCGAUGAAAGUCAAAUAAUCAUUUGUUGUUACAAGCUUCUUGCGAUUUGUCCGACCAACUGGCUUUGAAUGUCUCUAUAUACAUUGUCCCUUCGAAAUCUGGCUUCAGGUCCUCAAAAAGCACCCUCAUAUUUGAUGCACAUGAUAACUAGUUUAUGAAUAUAUUAUAAUAUGAUUAUAAAGUAGAUCAACAAUCAAUUCCUUUGAAACAACAACUCCCAGGCCUGAAAUUUCCCAUUAUCUUAGUUUAUGCUGAUGAAACACAUUUCUUCUCAGUUGCAUUCAUCACUGCCGCCUAUCCAUGUAUCCCUCUGUUGUGAGCUAUGUAUAGCUGGUGUAGAGGGUUGAAGGAAGACAAAUAAGGUCUUGUUCUUGCUAAGUCAGUAGAUACCAUUACAAUAGGAAGUUAUAAAAUGAUGAGACACUUUCUUCUGAUCCAUCUCAGCUGUAGCCAUUACUGCUGUCUAUCCAUGCAUCCCUCUACCCUGAGCUCUGUAUAGCUGGUGAAGAGGGUUCACAGAAUGUGGAAUUAGCCCUAGAUGACGUUACAGUUGAACCUAGAUUAAAAAACUUAUGAAAUACUUUCCUUCUCAGCUGCCACCAUUACAGGUGUCUAUCCAUAUCUCCCUCUUCUGCGAGCUAUGUAUAGCUGUAGUAGAGGGUCAAAGACAAUGUCUUGUUCUUACUGGGUCAGUAUCUUUGGAAUGUGGAAUUAACCUCAGAUGACGUUACAGUUGAACCCAAAUUAAAAAACUUAUGAAAUACUUUC